GAAGGAGAGAGAGAGGAGAUGAGAAAGGGAGAGCGAUAGUCAGCACCAGUGAGAGAGAAACAAGAUUCAGCCGGAGAGAGAAGAGAAAAUAGCAGUAGCCAAACGGACAAAGGAAAACAUGGAUGUAACGGAAAAACGUCCUUUAAAACAAGCACAUGUACCGGAGAGGAUGCUUUGGUGGUCCUGCACAUAGUAGGGGGUAGCUCAAGGACUCUUCCUCCCGUUUUUAAUGUUGCGGGUGGGGACGCAUGGCAAGCUAAAAAGGCGGAAAGCUUUCUCUAAUCCGUCUGCGGAUCCUGCCUGCUUGCAAUGGCUGUGGCGGUGCGAUGCUGUUGCAGCAUAACUCAGAAUGUGCCUUUUACUUUUUAUUUGGUAAUUUUUGUACUCAGUGGCCUUACAAAUGCACAAAUACGAUACACCAUUCCGGAGGAGCUAGAGAAUGGGGCUGUGGUCGGCGACAUUGUUCGCGAUUUGGGUCUGGACCUGCAAAAGCUCUCCUCCCGACGCAUCAGAAUCACCUCUGACAGCGCACGGAGAUAUUUCAACAUAAAUCAUAAAAAUGGCAAGCUGUCGAUGAGUGACCGUAUCGACCGGGAGACGCUGUGUGAAUUCAGCGGCACCUGUUUCCUCAACCUAGAAGUGGUGGUUGAGAACCCGCUUGAGGUGCAUAAUGUGGAGGUGGAGAUUCUGGAUGCUAAUGACAACUCGCCACAGUUCCCCCGGGACGAGUACCAGCUGGAGAUCUCAGAGUCCGCCAUAACUGGGUCCCGGUUCCCCAUCGAGGGCGCGCAGGAUGCAGACGACGGCUCCAACUCGGUUCGUCUCUACCGGCUCAGCAACAACGAGCAUCUUGCGCUGGACUCCAACAAGCCCGCCGCAAACAGCAAGAACAUCCAGCUCGUGCUCAAAAAGCCAUUUGACCGUGAGCAUAAACCGUCUCAUCAGUUGAUACUGACAGCUGUCGACGGAGGCACCCCUGCGCGCACAGGCACAGCCAAAAUCAACGUGCGUGUCCUGGAUUCCAACGACAACGUGCCCGCGUUCGACAACUCCGUGUACAAAGUGAAACUGUCGGAGAACUCGCCCAAGGGCGCUCUGGUGAUAAAGUUAAACGCCACUGACCGGGAUGAAGGCACAAACGGGGAGGUGUUUUACUCUUUUAGCAGCUACACCCCAGAGAGGGUGAGACAAAUGUUCACCAUGGAUACAGAUACAGGAGAGAUCAGAGUGAAGAACAACUUAGACUAUGAGGAGACUAACUCCUAUGAGAUGUACAUACAAGCUAUGGACAGGGGUCCUUCUGCAGUGGUCGUCCACUGUAAAGUGGUGGUGGAGGUUUUGGAUGUGAACGACAACAUUCCUGAAAUCGUGCUGUCGUCUCUUUCCAGCCCGGUCCGUGAGGAUGCACGGGCUGACACCGUGGUGGCUCUGAUCAGUGUUAAUGACCGGGACUCCGCCCAGAACAAACAGGUGACCCUGGAGAUCCAACCUGGCGUCCCCUUUAAGAUCAAGUCCUUCCGGAACCACUACACCUUGGUCACCGCUGCCUUCCUGGACCGUGAGACCAUCUCCACCUACAACGUCACAGUAACCGCCAUCGAUGGGGGAACCCCGGCCCUGUCCUCACACAUGACCAUUAAAGUUGAUGUGGCCGAUGUCAAUGACAACCCUCCCCGCUUCGAACAGACGUCCUACACAGUGUACAUGACGGAGAACAAUGCGCCCGGUGCCUCAAUGUGCGUUGUAAAGGCUCUGGAUGCAGACACUGGGGAGAACGCUCGCAUCACCUACACUGUCCUCAAUGACAACAACCACGGCAUCCCUGUGGCGAGCUACGUCAGCAUCAAACCCGACACGGGUGAGGCCUAUGCCCUGCGAGCCUUCGACUUCGAGAAGCUCAGAGAGUUCCACUUCCAGGUGAAAGCCCAGGAUAGUGGCGUGCCGCCCCUCAGCCGCGUGGCAACAGUCUACGUUUACAUCAUGGACCAGAACGACCACUCCCCUAGGAUAGUCCAUCCUCCAGCCAAUGGGACGCGGACCACCGAGACGCUGAUGAAGAACGCAGAGGCGGGGGCUCUGGUGACCAAGGUGGUGGCGUGGGACGGGGACGCGGGUCAGAACGCCUGGCUGCUGUACGCCCUGGAGCAGACCACCUCCGAGCUGGACCUGUUUAAAGUCCACGAGCACACGGGGGAGAUCCGCACCACGCGGCGUGUCAACGAGGACAACUCCACCUCUUUCCUACUGACCGUGCUGGUCCGCGACCAUGGCCUCCCGCCUCUCUCCUCCACCGCCACCAUCAACGUGCACGUCAUGGAGCUGCCACCCAAGUUGACCCCCGACCCCAAGCGCAUCAUCAGGCCUCACAGCCCACUGCUGUUCUCCAAUGUGACACUCUACCUGAUCGUGGCCCUGAGCGCCACCACCUUUGUGUUCCUGGUCACCAUUGUGGUGCUGGCCAUCGUCCGCUGCCAUGCCUACUGCACCCAGCCCGGCUCCUGCUCCCCCUGCUGUGUGUCCCAAAAGAGCGUCCCCGAGGGGGGCACUUCGGCUGGCGGGGGUGGAGGGUCAUUGGGUCGAGGUGGUGGUGGUGGUGGGGGAGGUCAGGGUCAACCCAACAACAAUGUUGCUCUGCGGAGAGACCUGAAAGUUGAGCCUCACUACAUCGAGGUGCGGGGGAACGGCUCCAUGACCAAAACGUACUGCUAUAAGACAUGCAUGACAGCCACGUCGGGGAGCGAUACCUUCAUGUUCUAUAACACGGGCCGGCCCCACAGUGGCACCUGGAGCUCCGGGGGAUAUGUCACCAGCCAGAGUGGACAGAGCCAGAUGUUUGUACGCAGGCUCAGCAUGCCAGAUGCAACCGCUAUACAGCCCAAGGUGCCCAAUUCAGACUGGCGUUACUCUGCCUCACUUAGGACUGGGAUGCAGAGCUCAGUGCACAUGGAGGAGUCGUCGGUGAUGCAGGGAGCCCAGGGGGUUCUGGUCCAGAACUGGCCGACCGUGUCUAGCGCCGCCGGAGAUGCUGAGGGUGGAGAGACAUCCCCCCCCAUGGGAGCUGGAGUGGAUAGUAACAGCUGGCAAUUCCGUUAUGGCGCCGGCGGUCCUGGUGGCCCCCCCCAGCACCUGAAGCCCGGUGAGAUCCCCCCCGAAGCCUUCAUCAUCCCCGGAUCCCCCGCCAUCAUCUCGAUCCGCCAGCAGGGAGGAGAGGAUGACAAAAGCGACUUCAUCACUUUCGGAAAGAAGGAGGAGGCCAAGAAGAAGAAAAAGAAGAAGAAGGAGAAGAAGGAUAAGAAGGAUAAGGGGAAGGAUGAUGACGAGUAGAGGAGGAAGAGGAAGAGGAAGAGAAGGAAAGGGAGAUGUUAAAACAGAGGUACCAACCAAAGUCCACCUGGUAACAAAAAUCAAAGUAUUUGAGACAACAGGUGAGAAGAGAGAUUCCCAGUUCAACUUCAUCAUCUCUGGCUUAGUAACACAGACAGGCAGACAAAGUCACACUUCCGAGGUCCGCUCGAUACCCACCCCUGGAACAAAGAUAAUAGCCCAGGUCUUUCUAACACUCUCUGGUAAAAAUCUGGCCUUACCAAGAUUGCUGUAGUUUACCGUCUACUCCAAAUCCCUGUCUUGGGUAAUUGAUUAAUCAUGCCUUGAUGAGAAAAAAUGUAUUGAUGCAUUUUCCUCCGUGCCCCCUGGUGCCUGCCUACACACCCUGAGUCAAACAAUACCCUCCCCACUCUUCUCAGCAAGGGGACAAGAGCUAUUGUCUCCCCUCGCCCUCUGCUAUUCACCUUCUCUCUCACAGAUACGUUGGCACCUCGGUCUUACCCUUUCCCACCAUCUUGUAUAAUCCAAUUUCUUUGAGAGGAAAAUAAAAUCUGAGGAGGAGAAGAAAACAGCUCUGUGCCAGCCUCGGAAAAACAGCAAAAAAAGCUAAUGUCAAGAAGAAGAAAAUAAAGUAAAUUGAAGAGGACACACAGAAAGAGCUAAAUGUUGGUGAUUUAGAGCUGGACACUCACACUUGUAAAUAGCACAGGAGAGAGUCGCUAAAGCUGAGGCUAAAGGCUAACAUGACACUGCUGCUGCAGCUUCCUAUCGCGCUCUCUAUCUGUCAGUGUUCCCUGAGACGGCAAGGAAAACAUGGCUGUCAAUGAUACACACAUACACGUUGACACACGCACACACAAACCUGGACACUGAGAACACCUGAGACCUGGAAAGAGGUAACAAAUCUAGGAGCUGCCAACAAACAACAAACAACAAUGUGUUUAAUACAGAACGCAAGCUUUUUCCCCAGCAGCACAGUCUCCUCAGCAGUACACACGUAUACUGUAGAUCUACUCUCUCAGGAUCGACACAGCAGCAUCCCCUGAGUUACUCCUGGUUGGUCCGCUCAAUACUCUAUUUUGGGACAAUGAGAUCCCUCUCUCUCAAAGCAGCCAACAGCUCAAUGCGAAGAGAGAGAAAGAGGGAAUGAGAGAAAGGAGGGACACUCUUCAGAUUCCCUUGAGAACGAAAGAGAGAAGUCCAGCUGAGUUGGCCUGUGAUCCAGCUUGUUGAUCAGGGCUGAGUUGGAACCUUGUAGAAUAGCAGGAGCGUCUAGCUAAAGAUGAUCUCUCCCCUGCCACUCAGCAAAAGCCUGAUGCUUUCUACUCUGAAUGUUUGGUAGCAACCAUCCUUUACCUGAUAUCCAACCUGAUCCCCAUCCUCCCCACCCCCCUGACCUUUCCACCCUCAACCCCACCCUCAACCCCACACCUCCCCUCAACCCCACCCUCAACCCACCCUUACCCCAAACACAGACUGCUUCUUCACGUGAUGAUGAUGACAUUUGUGAAUCUUUUUCUCUUUUUAUUUGUUCUUGGAGAAGAGCCACGAUUUCCUACUCUGUUUUGUUAGCUUUAACUGAUCUGCAGUGCUUCUGCUUAUCCCACCCACCCUCUUUCCCUCCGUCUCUCUCUUUUUCUGGCCAUAGACUCCCCCUCUAACCCCCUGUUCAUUCAGGGUGAACUGGUAAGGCCUACUCUGAACCUUGUGGUAUGCUGGGAUCAGUAAUAUGGACGAGGCCUGGAGAACCCAGUCGGGGCCGGGGGCCAGUAUUCUGUGAGCUAACGUCAGAUGCCUCUAAGUGCAAAACGGUUGAGUGCUUUUAACUUGUGAAUACUAUGCUGUUCCUUCCUGUUUGUGGUCACUGGCGAGAGGGGACGAGGUGGGAUGGGGACAGAGAUGGGGUGGAGGUCUGGUACAUGGUGCCGAGGGCUAUCCCUGUCCUCCAUGUUCCCGGGUAGACAUCUAUCCCUAAAUUGAUUGAUUACGAUUAGUGAAUCAAAACAGUAGGUCACCCAUUGGCUUUUAUGUAUACAAUAAAUGUAGAUUUAGACUUGCUUUUCAUACAUGGACUUUGCAUUAAUAAAUACGAUGUAUAGCCUAAUUAUUACAUUAUUAAUGAAUAAAUAAGAGCAUCUAAGGAUUCCCACCCCACAGCUCUAUCCCACCAAUCCUCUCUCAGGAGGUUUUGUAAAGGGGCGGAGACAUGCUUCAGCCCUGCUUCUAUUGGUUCCCCCUUCCCUUGCCUGUAAGUUGUUGCCACGCCCCCCAGGUUUUGCAACUCGGUAUGACUUCACUUCACUAAAGUGGCUGCUGCAUGUAAGUCUCAAAGGAAACAUAGUAUAGUAUAGAUAAAAAAAUAUAUAUAUAUAGAAAUAGAUGGCUAUGAUUUUAUUAUUUUGUAUUAUCAUUUUACUUCCUGACUCGCAAAGGAGAUAUUUGUGUGUACCGUCUCUACCAUGCAUCUUCUGCAUAUUACAGCCUCCGCACUCCACAGUGGUGUUAUACGUUAACUAAACCUCUUAGAUAUUUGUAAAUAUAGUGUGAUGGCCUUGAAUGCAACUCUGUUCAUUUUGUUUUACCAAAAUAUAAUUUUCGUUUUUUGAGAACAAGCAAAGAAAAGAAAAUGAGAAAAAAUUAAAUAAAAUAAUAUGUUUUGUGUCCGGCUUUGACAUGAUGAUCUACCUAACACUAAUAUUGUAACUGAAAUAUGUAUGAUCCUGUGAUAAGCUAUAUUUUCCCUUUCACCCCCUUUCAACAGAAAAAAAAUAAAAAAUGACAGAAAAAAAAGUCCAAUGUAAAAAUGGUAUAUGUAGUGUAUGCUUGUGUUUAGUGAGCGUUCACGCUGUCAUUCUUUAUUUAGAGUAUGGUGGUGACCAAUGGUGGCACUGUUCUGUCCUACUGGGCAGUACUGAUCUGUUGUAAAACCUUUUUUUUGUACACCUGCUCAUCUACUAUGACUGUAAAAUUGUGAAAUUGCAUUUAUUUCAGUUUUUUUAUUUUACCUAAAUGGAUACAGUGGUAAUGUGUUUUGUUUAUAAAUCACUAAAUAAAGUUUUCUUUCAUAAAAAUGAGA